AUGUCAGCUUCAACGAAAGAAGGGCUGUUCGCAGUCUGCGGGUCAUUCAUCGCCUUGUCGACCGUCGCAGUGAGCCUUCGAGCCUAUGCUCGUAAAUCACAGAAGGUUCCACUGGGCUUUGAUGACUGGUUCGCCCUUUUCGGAGUGGUAAGAAUGGCCACGUGCGCCUCGUGUAGAAAGAUGCUAAUAUGUCCCUCCUCAGAUCACGUACAUUGCUGCUGCUGCACUCGGCAUAGAGAGUAUGUCCUAUCAUUAUCGUUGAGGAGCAUCGCAGCUGACAACGCAUUAGUGGUCCGUCUGGGUCAAUUCGGAUACGACAAUGGACAAACGGCUGCACAAAAAGCAGCUCACGCCAAGUUGGGGAUCCAAGUUGCCCUCGCAUACGACUUUCUCAACCUCAACACACUGGCAUGCGCUAAGCUGAGUGCCUUGUUCAUGUAUCGUCGGAUCUUCGUUGUCGAACGCCAUAGCUGGUUCAGCCGCAUCAUCAUCGGGACCAUGGUCAUCAUCGCACUAUGGUACAUCACGUCCGACUUUCUGUCAUGCUACCAAUGCCGGUCGCACUUCUCUGCGCCUUGGACUGGCCAGUUCAAGAAAUAUUGCGAUCUCAACCCUGUCUGGGCGGAGGAGCUUGCCAUCUCAGAUAUGAUCCUGGACAUCUGGAUACUGGUGCUGCCGGUCCCUCUGGUAAGAGUCUCGAGAAAGAAGAGAGUGUUACCGAAAAGCUAACAGGAUGAUCGCAGAUCAUGAAGCUGAGGACCACUAUUGCCAAGAAGCUCGCUGUAUUUGGCGUCUUUCUUCUGGCCUUCGUGUAAGUCUCUUCUUGCUAAUGAAUGUGGCCAUAGUACAAUCGCUAAACAAUCGCAUCUCAGUGGACUUGGAGCCGCCAUUGCGCGAGUCGUCUUCUUCUUCCAAGCCAAAGGUCCCGAGCCUCAGACGCUCUACAUCGGACUCCUGGAAUCAGGCAUGUCGAUCACAGUCGUGAAUUUGCCGUCGAUACACUACCUCUGCACAUCGACAAUCCCGAGUCGUGUCGCUCACAGCUUAAGGAGCAUACGCACUCUUGGUAGCGUCGAUUCUCAAGCCAGUCGCUCGAGGAGUGAGAGUGAGGUCCAUCCUAAAGGCAACGAUGAAGUCGAGACGCCGACGAUUGCAGUUCACGGGAAAUCAUCCUGGAGCUCGCAAGGGUCGUUGGCGGGCAACGGCAACACCACAGAUGUCGAAGCUUGGCAUACCGAAGCGGACGAAGCCAAGGACACUGCUGAUGCCGAUCGCGAGAAGUCGACGGGCCAGUAUUCGCGGGCUUCGAUACAUGUCCGCAACGAUGUCGAGAUUAGACGAGAGUAA